AUGAUAAUUACAACAUGGAUUGUGUACAUUCUCGCCCGGAAAGGUGCCGGGUUCCCCUUCCCACCGAAAGUCAGUUCGGACGUGGAAGUUGUGGAGAGCGAGGCUGUGUCUGUAGUACAGCAUUGGUUGAAAAAGACUGAAGAAGAGGCUUCCCAGGACAUAAAGGAGAAGAUGUCCACCAACUGCCCUCCCACGCAUGGCCAAGAUGUACAUGUGACCAGAGACGAGGUGAAGCACCACCUCUCAAAGUCUGGUUUGUUAACAAACCAGAGUCAGGAGGUCCUGGAGGAAAGAACAAGAAUCCAGUUCAUAAGAUGGAGCCGUACCCGUAUCUUUCAAGUGCCAAGCGAGGUGAGAAAUGAUGCCAUGCGAGAACGGAUAGAGCAGGUGAGACGAAGCAUAUGCCAUCUUACGGAUGAGGCAUCUCAGGAGCUUCACAAGACAAAUUCCUACUCAGACUGCUGAGAGCAGCAGGUUGAUGCCCUUCAGGGUCAAGGAGCUGCCUGUGUCGGAAGGAUGUCCAACCCCCCUUGACCUGAGGAGCGACCACACCUGGGCAGAGAGAAUCCAGUGGGUGAGCCCUUCCUUGUGACAGUGG